CAGUAGCAUGAUUUCGGCUCACUGCAACCUCUGCCUCCCAUGUUCAAGCAAUUUUUAUGCCCCAGCCUCCUGAAUAGCUGGGGUUACAGGUGUGUGCCACCAUGCUGAGCUUGUUUUUUGUAUGUUUAGUAGAGAUGGGGUGUUACUCUGUUGUCCAGGCUGGUCAUGAACUCCUAGCCUCACAUGAUGUGCUGGGAUUACAGGAUUGAGCCACAAUGCCUGGCCUAACUUGAAUUUAAGAAUCUCACCUUAACCAAGCUUCACACAGGUCUGAGAGUGAUUAUGGAUUCAGGAGUAUAUAUAGUCACUUAUGAAGAGGUAUACAUUCUCUUUGUCAUCUGGACAGAGCUUCAUGUGGUGAGGGCAAUUUUAAAGCACUAUAUAGACCCAAUGAAGUGUUAACCUUUCCCAUAAUAACUAGAAAACCAUAUUACCUAACUGAAUGAGAUCUGUGGCUUUGUAAAUAACUUUUUUCUGUGAAUUAUUUAUAUGAAAACGCUCACUUUAAGACACAUGUUUAGACUGCAAUUAAAUAAAAGUAAAUAAAACUUUUGGAAAAACUUUUUUGCUGCUCAAACUAUUUAAAUCCUGCCCUUGCUAAGUGUUAAUAAAUCCCUCAGAUGCAUUUUUUCCCUAUUCUGAAAGUGUAGCUUGUCCUGCUUUUAAAGGGGGCAGGCUCUACUUCCUCAAAGUACCUACCCUUUAAUUUGUUGGAUAUUGCAUUAAUGCUUUUUAAUAAACUUGGGGCUGGGCGCAGUUGCUCACACCUGUAAUCCCAGCACUUUGGGAGGCUGAGGUGGGUGGAUCACGAGGUCAGGAUUUCGAGACCACCCUGGCCAAUAUGGUGAAACCGUGUCUCUACUAAAAAUACAAAAACUAGCUGGGCAUGGUGGUGCUCGCCUGUAGUCCCAGCUACUCGGGAGGCUGAGGCAGAAGAAUCACUUGAACCCGAAAGGUGGGGUUGCAGUGAGCUGAGAUCAGGCCACUGCACUCCAGCCUGGGCAACAGAGCAAGAGUCCAUCUCAAAAACAAAACAAAACAAAACAAAACAAAACAAAACAAAAAAAACUCCCCUCAUUUUUUGGGUUUCUCAAUUCAGUUAUUUUUAUUUUUUUAAUUUGUAUUAAUCCCUUAAUACUCCAUUCAUGGCAAUCAAUUCAGUUUCUAAAAGACUUCUUAAUAGUCAUUCUGAUAAGCUCUUCUUUCUAAGGAAGCAGUUAAGCACAACAUAACACCUUUUGCUUGUUUCAUUGUUAUUUUUCUAGCCAGUCCUGUAAAAAUCUGAUACUGAGCUGGGCACGGUGGCUUAUGCCUGUAAUCCUAGCACUUUGGGAGGCCAAGGUGGGUGGAUCGCUUGGCCAACAUGGUGAAACCCCAUCUCUACUAAAAAUACAAAAAAUUAGCUGGGCGUGGUGGCGGGUGCCUGUAAUCCCAGCUACGAGGGAGGCUGAGGUAGGAGAAUCACUUGAACCUGGGAGGCCAAGGUUGCAGUUAGCCAAGGUCACGCCAUUGUACUCCAGCCUGGGCAACAGGAGCAAAAAAACUCUGUCUCAAAAAAAAAAAAUAAUCUGAUACUGAUUAUAUUAUAUGGACUUAAAGUUUUGUACCUGAAUGAGGACAAAAAAAUAUACAGUUUAAGACAUGGCUAUAUCUUCAUUCCCGUGUUCUUUCUCAGGAUAAGCAGAAAGAUAAGUGUCCUCCUAUACCUUAAAAUGACUCUACUAUUGUAAACUACAUAUUUAAUCAAGCAGUAGUUUGCCCUGCCGCGUAAUUACUGUCAGAAUAACAGAAGUAUUUACCCAAAACAAAGAACCUUUGACUAGCAAAUAGGCUUUAAUUAUUGUGAGAACUUCAGCAGGGGUAGCAACUCAGGACCUAAUUUUAAAACUAGAAGCACUGAGGAUGAGAAGUGAGGCAGUGGAAAUAGCUCUGAGCUCUCAGCAUCUAUAAGUCAUAAGGAAAAAAAGUAGAUAAAAGAUGUAUUUGAGGCCGGGCGCGGUGGCUCACGCCUGUAAUCCCAGCAGUUUGGGAGGCUGAGAUGGGUGGAUCACAAGGUCAGGAGAUCGAGACCAUCCUGGCUAACACGGUGAAACCCCGUUUCUACUAAAAAAUACAAAAAAUUAGCCAGGCGUGGUGGCAAGCACCUGUAGUCCCAGCUGCUUGGGAGGCAGGAGAAUGGCGUGAACCCGGGAGGCGGAGCUUGCAGUGAGCCUAGAUUGCGCCACUGCACUCCAGCCUGGGCAUCAGAGCGAGACUCCAUCUCAAAAAAAAAAAAAAAAAAGUAUUUGAUAAUUAUGUUGAAUGAAUAAAAAUAAUUAAAAAUGUUUCAUAAAAGCACAUAGUGAUAGGUGAGGGGAAACUUAAAUCAUCAUCCUGGGGCAGCCGUGGUGGCUCCAUGGUUGAGGCUGGUGCCAUGCGGUCUCCCGGUGUUGGCAUUGUUUCCCGGCCUUCUCAGUUCUGCACACGGCUACAAAACGAAAGAACAGUUGCCAGUUGGAAGAGGACGUGGAUCCAAACCAAAUGGAGGACAGAUACUCCCUUUACGGACAAGAUACUCAUGGAAGAAGUCAAGUUAGAAGAGCAGCUGAAGGAGGCUGUGGAAGAAGAUAAGCAAGCAUUGGCAGAUACUGAGGACUUGCUGGAGAGCAGCCAAAAAUUGGUGGAGGAGGCAAAUAUGUAUAGCAUUCAGGGCUUCUGCAAGUACUCGUUAGAGGUUGCAGAUGUUUUAGAGAAGGCAACACAGUGUGUUCCAGACGAAGGACUUAAAGACAAUAACCCUCACCUGAAGAACCUCUGUGAGACUCUCACAAUGAGUGAAGUCCAGAUUCAGGAAGUGUUCAGCAAGCACCGCCAAGCUGAACCCUGUCAGAGCCAAGUUCCACCCUUAUGCACGUGAGGUCUUUUUUUCGUCUUUCUUCACAUCCGACAGGCAAUGUGCCAGUGUUGUAACAAGGUUUGAGGGAGGCAUAUCUCACACAUGAAAACCCAGCGUGAAAACCCAGUCAUCUCACUUAUGAAC